AUGUCGGUCGAGGCGACGACGAAAAAGACGGGCAAGUUGUCGUCCAAGCUGCUGGACAUGAAAUUCAUGAAGAAGCCCGGUGACGAUAAUGUGGCAGAACCGGACGAAGACGUUUCCGAGCCCGUUUCUGGCCCCGAUCCGGGGUCGUGGUCGAUACCGGGGGUCCGGCCCAAAAAGACCAAGCUACGAACACAAUUGGGGUUUUCAGACAUCCAAAACACGAAAUUCCCAGUAGGACGACAGCUGUGGAAGAACGGAAAAUGCCAAGACGUGCGGGAGCUCGAGAAAGAGGCCACUCCCGACGUGGAGCUCGAUCCGGAGCUUCCGGCAAAAAAGCGGAGAUCGGAGGGCAAAACGCCACCGUCCAAGAAGCAAAACAAGCGAAGAUAA